AUGCCCACAGCUCAACAUGCAGCAUCAGUGACUGACAGCGAGGAGCUUUUUCAUCAGUGCAGUUUCCCAGUCAGUGCACUUUUCAAGCGUUCCCAAGUGGACAGGAUGAUCCUCAUGGCUCAAAUAUCCCUCAUGGGUUUCCCAGAAAUUCCCUUGAAGGACACAUUAAAAGUUCCUUCUCAUAUCAGAUUUGUUCUGACUGAUGCGUUAGUGUGUGAUAUCAGCAUCUUGGACUCCAAGAGAGGAAUGAACAUUGGGAUCUUCCUCAAACAGUUCAAGAAGUCCAAUCAUGCAAUAGUGGAAGACAUUCGUCUGGGCAACAGUAAGCAAUAUGGAGCAGAACCGCUGAAAGAACUGCUCAAACUUCUACCAGAAGCACAGGAGGUGAAGAGAUUGCGGGAAUUCAAAGGAGACCCAAAUAAGCUGACUCUGGUCGAUUCCUUCAUGUUCCUGCUGAUUCAAGUGCCAUGCUAUGAAGUGCGUAUUGAGGCUAUGGUACUUCAGGAAGAGUUCCUCCCGUCCUGUGCGGUCAUGAAUCAUGAGAUUAACAUCGUGCGUCGGGCUACUGAAGAACUAAUGGCUUGUGAAGAGCUCCAUGCCAUUCUACACUUGGUUCUCCAAGCGGGAAAUAUCAUGAAUGCAGGUGGCUACGCAGGCAAUGCUGUGGGCUUCAAUCUGUCCUCGCUUCUCUCUCUGGCUGACACGAAGGCCAACAAGCCUGGCAUGAACCUGCUUCAUUUUGUGGCACUAGAAGCGCAGAAGAAGGAUGAGGCCCUUUUGAAGUUCCCAGAGAAGCUAACGCAUGUUCAGAGUGCAGUCAGAAUUUCAGUAGAAAAUAUAGAAGGAGAGUUUUCCUCUCUCUAUGUCAAAACACGGUCUUUGGAGCAGAAGAUUCAGGAUGACGGUGAGCUACAACAGCAGCUAGAUCCAUUUUUGCAGAGCUCUACACAGGCCCUGCAGGACCUUAAACAUCGCAGGCUGGACUUGCGCAAGGAGGGUAAUGCCCUCAUCGACUUCUUCUGUGAAGACAAAGACACCUUCAAACUGGAUGAGUGCUUUAGAAUUUUCCAAGAUUUCUGUCUAAAGUUCAGAAAAGCUGUAAAGGACAACCUGGACAGGGAACAGAAAGAGGAAGCUAGACAGCGGCGCUUACAGGAACUGGAAGAGAGACGGUGUGCCUGGGGUGCAGCCAAUGCUGAGGCGGGUGGUAGUGGAGGUUUUGGUCGCAGCAGCAGCGAAAAUGAUGUUGACAUCCUAACCAAAGAAGGCCUCCUGGACUUCCUGAUUCAAUCAAGACCUCAAAGCCCCCACAGUCCUUUGGGGCGCUCGGCAAGUGCCCACCGUUACCAUCACACAGAAUUGAUCUCUGCGUCUACAGCAAGUGACUAUACAAAAUUCAGCAGCCUGCCACGUUCAGGCAGGAACCAUCAACGAAAGACCAUGGCAUGGCUUCUCUUACAGGAUGAUAAUAGGGAGCUGGAUCCACAAAGUCAGGCUUACCAAGAGAAGCUAGUUUCUUCACCAAAGGCUGAGACAGAACCCAUCAGUCCUUUAGCUAGAUACUCAAGUUUUGGCUACAGCACGAACAAUAAUCCCUACCAUAAUAAUAAUAAUAACACGUCUCUCUCAGAAAGUGGAGUUACACCUCAAAUAAGUAACACAAAGCACGGGACAUCUGGUCAAAGUGUUGGACACAUGAGUGUCUCUGUGGAGAAACACAAACUAGUUCCAGGCCUUCAACCCUUUGAGAUAACCAGCCAGAUCAAUAAUAACAGUCAUGUUUCUGUGGAUAACCAGCGUGAAGUGUUUGUAACAGAUCUGGAAAGAGAUGAAGACUCUCCAAAAGCAUUUGUCCUUGAUACACCCCCAUCUAGUCGGAGUUCUGAGGAGGGACCUAAACCAGAAAAAUUAUGGAAUGACAAAAUGAUCUCAUCACAGAGAGAGGAAGCAGACUCGAGUACUUUUUCCUCAACAACUUGUGACACCCCAUUGCCUCUGGAUCCCCCUGUUUCCGGUAAGAAACCUGUGUUGUAUGUUAUGGACUGCACUGAGACGGAUUGUUCCAUUGUGUUGGACUGUUCCGAGAUUGAGAGUUCUCCUAUCAUAAAAGAAAGAUCUGAACUUAGCCCAAAGCCACAGGAAGCCAACUUUUCAAGAGUUAUUCAGGACACCAAUUCUCUUUCCUCCAAUUUUGAGUCCACCGAUUGUCACUUUGUGUCCACAUCAAGUGAUGAACCACUUGUGGGAAGGGUCAAUCGAGCAUGUCCAGAAUCCGUCAGUCCAUCGGUAACUACUGAGGAAGCAGAGACAGAUAGCUGUGACACAGCUGAAGGGCGAAGAGUUGGCGAGAAAGCAUUUCAGACCGGUAGCCCCAAAGCAACACUUGUCAAAACCAAGAUUCCAUCCAAAGCAAUUGCUCAUGCCAGCCGUCCGACAAGAACCCUCACAGCAACUGAGACCCAGAACAUGCGCAAAGUGGUGCCCAUUACAAGGCAGAAUCGAUCUAGUAGCAGCAUAAGGAAAGUCGAAAAACCUCCCGGACAUGAGAAUAUUGUACCCAGACGUCCAAUUCGUGACCAAAGCAUGCCAGCCAGGAGAGGCGAGAGGCAAGGUAGACCUACACGACAUUCAAGUCUCCCUCCAGAGGAUCCCAGGGCACCAAGAGGAGCGACGCCAAGCACCUCUCGGUGGGUGAGGGACUCGGCUCAACACAGACCUUCCAUCAAGAAAACGAAUGCCAAAACUGUUCGUAACAUUUCAAAACCAGCACCAGAGGAAAAGAUGUGUCGUUCUACGAUGCGCGCCUUGGCCCAAGCUCAGGCCCAAGGAACCUCAGAAGGAGGAACACCUGACAGCCCCAGCAACAUCCCGAAAAGUUCUUCGCCUUUGCCUAGCUUUGCUCGCAACACUGUGGCAUCUUCUUCCAGAACUAAAAAAGACUUGCCCUCACCUGCUGUAACAGGAACACCAUCAAAGAACUUAUCCAGGAGUAGCUCUCAGAGAUUGCCUGGUGGUAGAACGGACUCUGUCAGUAGCGUACCUUUGCCAAGGAGUGAGGAUAAACCUAUUAGGAGGGUUCAGAGUGUAAGGGCCUCCAGUCGAAUCAGUGAGACACCUCCUUCACAGUCUGGACAAGAGCGCUCCCUUAAAAGUAGCAGUUUCUCAGAGAGAUCCAUACAGAUUAGAGACUCCAUCUUGAGCAGGACCAACAAACCCACAUGGAAGUAGAGUGAACAUAUUACACAGUGGCUCUAAAAACACUGUUAAACAAGGAUGAUCAAAAUUUUCUGCAUAUAGUGAAGAGGCACAAAAGCCUCUUAAAUGAUUCUGAAUGUAUCUAUAGCCUUUAAAAUGUAGCUAAAGUUGUCGCUAGAUGCUCAGUCAAGCAGAAAGUAUACUUUGGUUUUUAUGUGAGUGCGUGUGACGCAAAUUUCUUCACCAGAAUAAGUAAGCGCACCACCUGAUUUUUGUAACCGUGCGAACUUUACGCGCAGGUCGCACAUGUGCAUUGAAUUUGUUUUGCACUAAUCAUUUGUUCCACAAGGUGGCAGCACUGGCCCACGCCGUGGUUUCACAGUAUAAAAUUAAACUAUAAAGACGGAAUAACAACAACAACAAAAACAGACGGCCACAUUGACAAGCGCUUGCGUGAGGGGGUUAUGAGAGAGCAGAAACUUUAGUUUAACCUGUUAGCGUUCCACGGUACACUGCGUGUUUUAGGCGAUUUAGGCAAAUUUUACAGGAAUGCUAAGGGGUUAAAAGAGUACAAAGAUAUUUUUAUUGCUUAUAACUUCUGGAGAACAAUAGAGCAGACACUGGACAAAGAUGAAGCUUUCUAGAGCAUAUAUUUUGACCACCUGUGUUCACGCACAAUAUCAAAUGAAGUGUACUUUGAAAGGCUAUGUGUUCAGCUGUACGCAUACGCUAACGUACGUGUAAAGGCCCAAGUAUACUUUGUUUAGGUUAUGUGCACAGUGGUACGUGUAGCCUUUCAAAGUAUAGUUGUGUGUACGUGAAUGCAGGCUGUCUACACAUGCACUCUAGAAAGCUUCAUCUUUGUCCAGUGUCUGUGCUAUUUUUCUCAAAAAGUCAUGACCGAUAAAAAGUUCUUUGUGCUCUUUUAAUCUGAAGUUGUGGCUCUUUCAUAACCCCCUCACACAAGUGCAUGUCAAUGCAGGUGUCAGUUGUUGUUGCAGUCUCUUUAGUUUAGUUUUCUUCUGUGAAACAAUGGCCUGGGACAGUGCUGCCACCUUGUGGAACAACUGAUUAUUGCUUAACCAAUGCACAUGUGUGACCUGCGCCUGCAAGGUGAUGAAAGUUGCGUCACGCUCACUGUAUCCUGCCGUACACUUAAAAACCGAAGUAUACUUUGGCCUUAAGAAAACAAAGUAUACUUUGGGCUUCAGAUUUUCAAGAAUGACGUGAGCUACUGUCACCAUUUGACAGCACAUUUAGUAGCACUUCCACAUCCACCUGAGGAUGGUUUUGAUGGCCUUUUCUUACAUAUACUUGAUACAUUAUCAACUGUCACAGAAAACACAUCAAUCACAAAUUGUAAUUAGUGUUAGAUUAACCCUAUUUUAUAAUCUCUAUUAAUUCUACAAAGAUCUUGUGAGCUGUUCUCACAAAUUGCUGAAAAUAGAAGACAACUUGUCAUAUAUCCAUAUGUUUGCUUUGUAAUUUUAUAUAAUAUGAGGUAAAUGUAGUACUGUUUACUAGGGUAACAUUUCCAUUAAAACAGCUUCAUGGGCACUCAAAGGUUCAUCCACAUUUCACAUAAAUGUUUUCUGUGCAUGAUGACAAAUCAAGCUGAAGACUCUUUGAUGAAUAUGUCUAUGAAUGUUAUCCAAAUACACCUUAGUGUAGCUGAUGCAAUGAGUACUACAGCUAUAGUAGUUCGAAGAUGCCUCUCCAGUGAUUUUUUGGGACAUUUUCUAAAUCUUUGCUGCUGAGUUGCUUGUUUUCAAAUUGCCUUUUCGUGCAGGGUACAUGCUGCUGUACACUGUCUUGCUGCUGAUGACACUGUAUUUGUGACUUUUCUGUGAAUAUACUGCUAGCUCUUUCUUUUUAAAGCCAUACUGUUAACCGGGAGUGGCAAAACCUGGUGCUAGAGGAAAGGCUAGUUUUAGCCCAAACUUUUGAGAAAGCACAUACACUGUAGUCAACAAACGUACGUGUUGCUCAGAACUAACAAAUCAGUGUUAGAAUAAGUGGCAACACUUUGCAAUAAGGUUCUAAACAUUAAUUCAGUAGUUAACAUGAAAUAACAAUUAACUAGGGAUGCACGAUAAUAUCGGAACGUUAUCGAAAUCAAAAUCGGCCGAUAAUGGCUUAAAAUGCAAAUAUCGGCAUCGGCCCGAUAUGAAAAAUUAUGCCGAUAUGCCUUACCGAUAAGACGAGUAACUCGCAUGUUCUCAGGGUGUGACAGCGAUAAGAUCACGUCAGCAGUGAGCUCAUUCUUGAAGUGAACUUUUUCCUGAAUGAUGAUUAGAUUCACUGUUUUGAUCUGAGAAUGCAAGUACAGAAUGAGGCGUCUGGUGUGCAAUAGAGUCAGUUACUAGUGCGAGCAGCAGCGGGUCCUAAUGCUCGUCCAGUAAGGCAUUUUAUUUACUUGUUGGCCUACUUGUAAUAAAA